AGAAAUUAUAUAUUCAUCAACAAUUUGGCCCACAUGUGUACCUUUUUACCGGCUCAACCUUUUACUAUACCGUAAGAGAGUUUUCAAACUCGUACGAGUUGGAAUUUGGCUACAAAAGAAGAAGAAUCGGGGCUGUUCCUGGGUGUUUAUUUCUACCUCGGUCGUGCGGGGACCGUUGGUUGGACUGCUGUGUGUAGAAACGCAGCUUUGUUUUGCAAUCCGAGCUGCUAAGAUUUGUUGAUUUUCUGCAAGACGUGGAUACGACUUUUGUGGUACUGAGUAUUGCGGGAUAAGCAGUGAUAGAUUUGCAAUAUCGUAUGCUGCACAGUGAAGUAUGGAUGUCUGUUUACGUACAUAGCCAUAAUGGUUAGAGAGAGAGAAUCAUGCAUAACCACUGAAUGGAUUUUGCAAGCAAUCAAGAAAAUAAAAAAACAAAAACAGAGGCCAUCAGACGAUAGGAUCUGCAAUGUAGUGAGUUCCAGUCAUGGUCUGAGUAAAAAUGAAAUUCUAGAAGAACUUGAACUGAAUGUCCAAGAUGGUAAUGUUUUGAGAGUUUAUAAUAAAGGUGUUGCUUCGUACAAAGAUCCGGCUCAAAGAGGGGGCACCACCAUGAGGAGUCGGAGUGUGAUCAUCACCAAAACUACAGAGCUUUUCAGGUUUAUCAAAACUGCUAUUAAAGAUCUCAGAGAACCUAAGGGGUUGUCAUUGAAAAGUAUAGAGAAAUAUGUCCGAGAAAAAUGUACUGUUGAACUUGCAUCAGGUGUGGAUUUGAACGCUCAACUGCGACUUGCCCUAAAACGAUCUGUACAGGCUGGUAAAUUAGUUAAGAAUGGGCGACACUACAAGCUAUCACCUCCUAAUAGGGGAGGUCGGGCAAGCAAUGGACUUGAGGUUGCCAGUAGUUCACACUCGUCUAGUCCAAUGCACGAGAGUCCCUCCGGUGACGACAGCUCAGACUCUGGUAAUAUCCCUCGUAAGCAGGACUUACAGCUCUCCAGUAGUAGUGGUUUUCAUGUGCAAUCAAAAAAAGGUUUCAAAGAUAAAAAAUUGAAAAAAGCAGGGAGAAAACAUGUUCUAGAAGCUGCAGCUAGUGUAAAAAAGAGGUAUCAGAGUAAGCUUGGAAAGAACAGUAAACUUAAAAUAAAGGCAAUAGAAGAUGACAGUGCAAAGUCUCUGUCGUGUCCAUAUCCUGGAUGUGAUGGCUCGGGCAAUGUCAGUGACAAAUUCAAGUCUCACAAAAUGUUGUAUGCAUGUCCAAGGUGUCCACCUGAAGAAAGACCACCACGUUCUAACAACCGGCGGUCAUCACUAUCUAACCUUCAAUCACCUGGUAGGGAUCGAAAGCAAAAGCAGUCCUCAUCCCCUGGGAGGAGGGGGUCUGUGUCAAAGUCAGAACCAGUGACAAUCAGCAAUUCAGAUGGAUCCUCUGGGGAUGAAAGAGAACCCAUUCCAUCCCAGGAGACGAGUCUGUACACUCCUAAAGUCAAACCUAAAGGCCUCAUAGAUGGCCUUACAAAAUUCUUUACACCUACAAACAAAAGAAAAACACGUGUAUACCCUUCACAUUUGGCUGAUUUUCGAAUACUUAAAGGGACGAUGAAAAAGAAAUCCAAAAUAAAGCAUAUUAGCAAAGAAAAUCAGAAAGACAGGGACAGGGAUAGUAACAAUAAGAGUACUGAUAGUUCUAAUGCUAGUUCACUCUCAUCGACAUCCUCAAUAUUAUCACAUCCACCACAAAUGUUGAAGUCUGGUAGUGGACAGUUAAAAGGACUCUUUGAUGGGCUUUCACAUCUUUAUAAUCCUCCAACUGAAACUCGUAAACGAGGAGCUCCCAUGUAUGUACCUCCCAGACGUGGAAGACGACCUAGCUCGGCUACAUCAGCAGCAUUUCAGCAGCCUGCCAAAUUGUCAAGUGCCUCCUUAGGACUGGAACCUGUUUGUGCAGCUGUUAAAUCACAAUCCUCCACACAGGGUGAAGUGGUUACAAAAUCAGUCCCAUCAUCAUUAUCAUCCUCUGCAGCACGGGGGAGGGUUAGCGCUGCGUCAUGUGGGCGCAGACCUGCUACCCCGACCCUACAGUUGACAGACAACAAACAAAGUGUCAGAUCCAGUGGUAUUAUUUCAACACCUAUUGCAACCUCUGCUGGUCGGGGGUCUGCUGGUCGUGGAAGGGGUCACAAACCCUCUGGUUCACCAGGAUCACCGCCAAACAAACCUAGGUCCUCACUACCACGUGGUGUUACAGAACAUGAUGUCAACAUGUUCAAAAAAGCACAGGAAAAAGCUCUUGCGGUAAUUAUGCCACAGUAUACGCUUGGU